CCCCCCCGCCGCCGAGGCCCCGCGAUGGCGGGGGGCGAAGCGGGGACCAUGACGGCGGAACUACUUCUACCGCCGCUACCUCCAUCGCCGCCUCCCGGAGGAGCCGGUACGGAACGCGCUCUGGAAGAAGCAGCGGCCUCCGGUACCCUCAGCCUGGCUGGCCGCCGCCUUCGCGCUUUCCCGGUAGCCGCGGCGCGGCGGUGGGACCUCAGCGAUACCACGCAGGCCGACCUUUCCCGUAACCGUUUUGGGGAGGUGCCGGAGGCCGCCUGUCGCCUGGUUUCCCUCGAGGGGCUCAGCCUCUACCACAACUGCCUGCGCAGCGUCUCCCCCGCCAUCGCCAACCUCCAGGCCCUCGCCCACCUCGACCUCAGUCGCAAUCAGCUGACCUCGCUGCCCGCCUGCCUCUGCCUCCUGCCCCUCCGCGUCCUCAACGCCAGCAACAACCGGCUGGCGCAGCUCCCCGAAAACAUCGGGGCGCUCAGCGCCCUGCGGCAGCUGGAUGUCAGUUGUAACGAGCUGCGGGCGCUGCCGGCCGGCGUGGGGCAGCUGAAAUCUCUGCGGGAUCUCAACCUCCGCCGCAACCAGCUCACCGUGCUGCCCACAGAGCUGUCGGAGCUGCCCCUCGUCCGUCUCGACUUCUCCUGCAACCGGGUGGUCGCCAUUCCCCGCUGCUACCGGCGUCUCCGGCACCUCCAAAUCAUCCUGGCUGAUAACAACCCCCUCCAGUCUCCCCCUGCCCAGGUCUGCCUGAAGGGCAGAGUCCACAUCUUCAAGUACCUCCACCUCGAAGCUGAGGCUGCCACCGCCACCCGGCCUCCCACCACAUGCCUCACGGACGAGCUCUGCCCCCUCCGGCAGCGCGGGGGGUUGGACUCCGGCUUCAACAGCGUCGACAGCGGCAGCAAGCGGUGGUCCGGCAACGAGUUUCAGUCUACGGAUGAGUUUUCGGAGCUGCCCCGGCAGCACAGGGAGAAGCGCAGCGGGGCAGGACCUGAUGUCACCCCUUGGGGACCUGACGUCACCCCCACUCUCCCCACGGCCGGCGACAGCGACCCUGAGCAGGUCGACUUCAUCGAGGGCAGCCUGACCGGGGAGGAGGAGGAGGAGACCCCGCUUGAGGAGCAGCAGGACUCGGCCCUGAGAGGUGACGCUAUGGAGAAAGUGCCUGGUGGCAGGGUGGUCCCUGUCCCCUGGCAGGGGGAGGGGGCUGGGGAGGGGCGGCGGCGCCCCGAGAUCCUGCAGCUCUGGCAGGAGAGGGAGAGGAGGCAGCAGGCGAGGAGGAGCCGGGGGCUGGAGCAGAGGGACAGCUUCCUGCGAGCGGCUGCCAAAGCCCCCCCGGCCCUGGCUGCUCCCCCCAGUGCCCAGCCGGAGCCCGGCACCGUCUCGCCGCGACAGCAGACGACGAUGGCAGGCCCAGACGAAGCCCCCGCCCCCCCCUCGGCCCCCCACGCCACCCCCAAACCCUCCAGCUUCCUCUUCCGCUCCUCCUCCCGCAGCGCUGUCACCAAACCAGCCCCCCCAUCCCACAACGCCCCCCCGGACCCCGACGAGCGGGAGCUGAUCGCCGAGAUGCGCCAGAGCAUCGAAUCGCUGCUGCAGCUGCGGCUGCCGGAGGAGCUGGGGGAAGCGCUGAGCGACGGGGAGCUGCUCUGCCGCCUGGCCAACCGCCUGCGCCCCCGCCUCGUCCCCUUCAUCCACGUCCCCUCACCUGCCGCCCCCAAGCUGAGCCCUGCCAACAGCCGCAGGAACGUGGAGAGUUUCCUGGACGCUUGCCGGCGCGUGGGGGUCCCCGAGGUGAAGCCGCCCCCUCCCCGGCGUCCCCCCCCCGGGCUCCUCGCUGGCUUCGCCCUCUUCUACGGCCUCGUCAUGGCGUUGCUUUACACGGCUUAUCGCGCUCUCUUCGGCUGCUGAGGCGGGGGGGGGUCCCCAUGAUUUAGGGAACCCCCCCCAACCCUGGGGGGAGCCCCCCCCCCCCCCAAAGCUGCCCCCCCCCUCCCCGCCUUACCCCCUCCUCUCUCUCUUUGUGCCUUAAUGUUGGGGAAACUGAGGCAGGGAUGGGGGGGUGGGGGGGCUGAACCCCCUUUACCCCCCCCCCGGGGGGGUGAUACCCCCUCCUUUAAUUAUUAUUAUUA